AUGAAAGUGGUAGCUAUUAUUGCUGGAAUUAUCUUGACUGUAGCCUGGAUAUUCUACGUUGCUAGUAAUGCGGUUCCAUCAUGGAGUCAAACAACUUAUGGAGGUUAUACUAAUUCAUAUGGCUUAUGGCAAUAUUGCUCCACAGUUUCUGGUUCGACAACUUGCGCUAAUAUCAACUGCCCAUCGGCGACUGAUGAUAACGGUUACUGUAAUAGAUUAAUGGCUAGUAGAGCUUUUAUGACAAUAGCUUGUAUUUUAUCUGGCAUU